GUAAUUUGUCAAAAUGACUGGCUCAUCUCGUGGAAUUGUCGAAAUGACAAAGAAACUGGAUCGAUUAAAUUAUCGAAGAAAAGACCACUUACGCUUUUAAGCAUGCCAGUUGAUGUUAUGGAGAAAGUUAUGAAGAAAGUGGAUCCAUACGAUUGGAUUUCCGUCCGCAAUUCCAAUCGAAAUCUUCGAGAUUUCGUCGACAGCCAGCACCUCAAAUUGGACAUUGAUGUUUCUAUUGAGGGCACUUUUCACACCAUUGAUAUCAAUGGAAAUCAAUCCUUCGGACCUUUCCAUCCGGUCGUGGCUGAUGAUGAAAGAAGAACCAUCUACAAUAAAAGACUACAGUUUGCUCUCAGAAAAUUGUUCGUGGUUAUGAAGCUUCCAAGUGCCCAAAUUGAAGAGUUCAAACUGGAUUUUGACUUUAUGGGAAGAGGAAGUGACGAAUUUGAAGAUAUCUACGAUAUUGGUUCCAGAAGAGUUAGUUUUAAAAAUAAACUGUUGAGUGCAAGCCUGAGAACAAUCGAUAAGGAGUUUGGAGAGUUUCACUGUUUCCAAGCGAAAUCAGUUUCUCUGAGUGGACUAAAGGAACCUCGAACUGUGCUCAUUCUCAAAUCUUUCAAGUCUGGAACUCUCGAGAACAUUGAAAUCAUUAAUUCCUACAAGUUCUACUUCAGUUGGCAGCUGACGCUUUCGGAGCAGUGGAAGAAUGCGAAAAAACUGAAAACUGGACUUUCCACUGAUCGCUACACCGGAAUUCGAGUUGCUGAACUGUUCGCAUUUUCAAAUAUCGAAUUCACAACUGUAGUAUUGUCAUCUGAUUUGAAAGUGUUGGUUGAUUCGUCUGCAAAGCUGGAAACUUGUCUCAGCAGGAACACGUAUGACAGCGAGGAUGACAGCGAUGAAGAUAGUGAUGAAGACAGCGAUGAUGAGGACAAUAGUGGAGUGUUAACGGUGUCAAAAGAAGUGCUCAAAGUGUUCGAUCCGAACUUUGUUGGCUAUAACGGAACAAUCAAUUACAAAGCAAAUGGAUUCGAAUAUCUCAUUGAAGUCACUGAAUUCGAAACUAAAAUUGUGAAGAAAAUCGAAUAAUCUUCUCAUUUUUCAAAAUUUGCUUUUGUUUUACUAGUCACAUGAAUUCUUAUUUUGUU